AUGGAGGAACAAGAUAAAUCAAGUUAUUUAGGUAACGUUUUACAAUUUGCCGUUUCAACAGCAUUACAAUUCGUCGAUUUUAAAACUAAUAAUAAUAAUAAUAAUAAUAAUAUGGAAAAAAACGACGAGGAAGAAAUCGAUGAUGUAAAUAUAAAAACAGAACAUUUAAGAGAAAUUAAUCUCGAUCAAAUUUCAUGGCACGAUCAAAUCGAUGAUUGUUGGGUUAUUUUAUACGAUAGAGUUUAUGACGUAACGGAAUUUUUACAACAGCAUCCGGGUGGUAUUGAUGUUUUGUUAGAAUAUGCCGGAAGAGAUGCAACAAUAGCAUAUCGUGGAUUCGGACACAGUUCCCACGCUUGGAAAAUCUUACAAAAAUAUUUAAUCGGUGUCCUUCCGGAAAAUGAAAGAAUGAAAAUAUUUAAACCGUGUGAAAUGGAAAUGAACUUUCAACUAAAAGCAGCAAGUUCAUGA